AUGGACACCCACGAGAUCCCCCGCAAGCUCUGGGAGCACCCAGACCCCAAGAGCACACAAAUGUACCAAUACCUACAAUCGGUUAAUUCCAAGUUCAACCUCCAGCUCAAGACCUUCAAUGACCUCCACAACUGGACAGUCGCCAACCGCGCCACAUUUUACGGCCAUCUCUUUGACUACGCCAAUUUGAUCCACGAAGGGCGUCCAACGUCUGUUGUGGACGAAUCGCUCACGAUAGACGCCAUUCCCAAGUGGUUCCCCGGGGUGCGUCUCAAUUGGGCCGAGAACCUCCUCUUCACGCGAGGUUCGUCCGAUGCGGCUGACCACCACGGCACCGAGGGUAAGGAAGACGACAAAGUUGCCGUCACCGAGAUCCGUGAAGGUAACCGCGGUGAUGUACGCAACCUCACCUGGGGCGAGCUCCGUCGUGACGCAGGCCGUCUGGCAGCAGCUCUGAAAGCAAGGGGCGUCAAGGAGGGAGACCGCGUCGUUCUCGUCGGUGCCAACUCUAUCGAGACGCUGCUGGUGUUUGCGGCGACGACAUGGUUGGGUGGCAUCUUUAGCAGCUCGUCCACGGAUAUGGGCGUCAAGGGCAUUCUGCAAAGGACCACGCAGGUCGAUCCCAAGUUCAUCUUCUUUGACGACGCCACAGUGUACAACGGCAAGACGGCCGACCUGCGAGACAAGAUGGCCGAGGUCGUCUCGGGCAUGGGCUCGUGUCCCUCCUUCUCCGGUCUUGUCUCGAUCCCACGCUUCUCCAAGCCCUACAACGUCUCCUCGAUCUCCAAGACCGAGACGUGGUCCAAGUUUCUUAGCUCCUCCACCUCAGCAGCACCGUCAUUCACACGCAUUCCCUUCCACGCACCGUUCCUCAUCUACUACUCGUCUGGCACCACGGGUAUCCCCAAGGCUAUCGUGCACACUGUCGGCGGCGUCAUGCUCAACAGUUUCAAAGAAGGCCGCCUGCACGAGUCAAUGUCCCCUGAGUCCGUCACUCUGCAGUACACCACGACCGGCUGGAUCAUGUACCUCGCCAACGUUGCGGCGCUGCUAUCGGGAGCCCGUGUCGUAAUGUACGAUGGCUCGCCUUUCGUCCCCGACCUCAAGUCAUUCAUCCGCAUCCUCGGCGAGCAGCGCGUGACAAAACUGGGCAUCAGCCCGAGGUGGAUGUUUGAGGUCGCCAAGAACAAGAUCAGUCCGCGGGAGGUGACGGAUCUUAGCUCGCUCAAGAUUGUCACCAGCACAGGCAUGGUUCUUUCUGACCAGUUGUUUGAAUGGUUCUACGAUGCAGGGUUCCCGAAACAUGUCCAUCUUGCCAACAUUUCUGGUGGCACCGACAUUGCCGGCUGCUUUGGUAUGGAGAACCCCCUUGAUCCCGUAUAUGUGGGCGGCACGCAGGGCCCAUCCCUUGGCGUCCCAAUAGCCAUCUACGAAGCCCAGUUGCCCGACGGACCUGGUGAGGCCGUGCCAAACGGAACACCCGGUGAACUCGUCGCCACCGCCGCCUUCCCCAAUAUCCCAUGCUUCCUCUGGGGCGACUCGGCACCCCCGAAAAUGUUACCGAGCUCGCCCAACUUCGCAUCUGCCGCCCCGGGCUCCAAAUACCACUCGGCAUACUUUGCUCGCUUCGAUAACGUUUGGGCACACGGCGACUUCUGCUCCAUCCACCCAAAGACGGGCAACAUCUCCUUCCUCGGCCGUGCCGACGGUGUGCUGAACCCCAGCGGUGUUCGCUUUGGCAGUGCCGAGAUCUACGCAGUCAUUGAGCGCAACUUUUCAAACAAGGUCGUCGACAGUCUGUGUGUUGGGCAGAGGCGUCCCACUGACAACGACGAGAGCGUCAUGCUCUUCCUGAUGAUGCGCGAGGGCGAAAAGUUUGACCGCCAGCUGGUCCGGGGAGUCAAGGACAAGAUUCAGAAAGAGUUGACCAAGCGACAUGUGCCCAAGUACAUCUUUCAGACGCCGGAGAUACCAACAACGGUCAAUCUCAAAAAGGUCGAACUUCCGGUGAAGCAGAUUGUCUCGGGCCGGACUAUCAAGCCAAGUGGCACGCUCCUCAAUCCGCAGAGUCUGGACUUUUACUACCAGUUCGCCAAGAUUGAGGAGCUGCUCGCCGGUAAGGAGAAGUUGUAA